AUGGUCGCCGACUGGAAAACCCGUGCGGAAGCAAAGAGAGAUGCUAUUCUGAAUUCAAUCCCUGAGAAAUGGCGACUUCAAAAGAUCCCCACCCCUGAAGAGCAAAAGGACGUCACUGGCGCCUACAUCCAGCAGUUCCUCGAUGAUAAAGAAAUCACGAUCACCGAGACCGACGCGGUCGGUAUCGCUGAAAAGGUCGCAGCUGGUGAAUGGUCUGCGGUCGAAGUGACACAAGCAUUCUGCCACAGAGCCUCUUUGGCUCAUCAGUUGGUGAAUUGCCUGCACGAGACAUUCUUUGAUGCUGCUCUUGAGUCUGCCAAAUCACUUGACGAGUACUUUGCGAAGAACAAGAAAACAGUUGGACCUCUCCACGGAGUCCCUGUCUCCCUGAAAGAUCAGUUUCAUGUGAAGAAUGUCGAAACUACAAUGGGGUAUGUUGGUUGGAUAGGCACCUUUGAAGGCAACCCAGAUGACCCACGCAAAGGCCAAUAUGAAAGUGAAAUGGUCACAGAACUCAGAGCCCUUGGUGCAGUUCUUUACUGUAAGACCAGCGUUCCACAUACUUUGAUGAGUGGCGAGACCGUCAACAACAUCAUUGGCUAUACCUGGAAUCCCAAGAAUCGAUACCUCUGUUCUGGUGGCAGCUCUGGUGGCGAGGGCGCGCUGAUUUCGCUGCGGGGAUCGCCAGGUGGAUUUGGUACUGACAUUGGAGGCUCAAUUCGCAUCCCUGCCGCAUUCAAUGGUCUUUAUGGUAUUCGGCCCUCAUUCGGGAGGCUACCGUAUGAAGGAAUGGCCAACAGCAUGGAUGGACAGAACACUGUCUUGUCCGUGGUUGGCCCACUCGCUACUACCGCUCGAUCUGUCAGAUUGCUCACAAAAGCUAUCCUCUCAGGGAAGCCCUGGCUUGACGAUCCCUUGGUCAUCGAAAUGCCGUGGCGUGACGCCCAGGAGCAAGCAAUCCACGAUAUUGUCAAAUCAUCAUCAUCGCAAAGAGGUCGGCUAAGCUUUGGGGUAAUGAAAACGGACGGCAUUGUGAACCCUCUGCCACCAGUUGCUCGAGCGGUGGACAUGCUCGCCGAGGCUCUCAGCAAAGCGGGACACCAUGUUAUUGAGUGGAAGCCACCUUCACACAAGACAAUACUGGACAUAACCUUCGCGACAUGGGCAUAUGACGGUGGAAAGGAUGUACACGAGGCCUUUGCACUUUCCGGCGAACCUAUGUCUCCUCAAAUUAAGAUGAGCUUCGGAGAUGGACCGAAGCAGGAAAUGACCGCCUCCCAGAUCGCCGCCAACAAUAUCGCGAAGCGGAAAUACCAGAAACAAUACUUGGAUUACUGGAACAGUACUGCCCAGCUGACUCCGACCGGUCAACCUGUGGAUGGUUUCAUUUGUCCACUUGCACCGUACCCAGCUGCGAGACCCGAACUGUACAAAUAUUACGGAUACAGUGUGUUUGUGAACGGGCUCGACUAUACAAGUGUUGUCGUACCGGUCACCUUUGCGGAUAAAAAGACGGAUAAGUAUGCGGAAGAAUAUACGCCGCUCAACGAGCAAGACAAGGAGGCUUUCGAGGCUUAUGAUGCCGACUUAUAUGACGGCGCUCAUGUUAGUGUGCAGAUCGUCGGGCGCAGAUUCACAGAAGAGAAGAUGUUGGCAAUUGCAGAGUAUGCUGGCAGCUUGGUCGGGAAAUAG